AUGGAGGCCGAGCGAUGCAAGCAACUUCGAGAGAUGCAUGCUCUUCUGGCCUUUGCGUGCUUCCUCAACGGCCUCACCUUGGUCUGCAUGGCGAUCCUGCAGUUGACCGAGCCGGAGCUGCUGAACUUGGGGUUGAUUCUCAGGCGUAUUUUCCAGCCGUUGCUCCUGAUAGUCUUAGAGGCCUUGAUCGCCACCUGUGCUUUCCAUGGUCGACGAUGCGCAGCCGAGCGCUUGCGGCUGGUGCAGCGGUGGGAGUUCACGCAUAUCCAGUCCGUACACCAGAUCAAUACGGCCUCGGUGGCCAUGGAGAAGAAGUUCACGGCGGAUGUGGAGUGGUACUUCUUGAUGCACAUGACCACCUCCAAGUUCGAGCAGGGUCAGCUGAAGCCUCUGACACCAGCACCCCGGGACUCCACAGCGCCUGGGGAAGUCCCUCAGACUCGUCCGUCCAUGCCAUUCUGGAACGAAGAGACGGACAAGCCAGAGCCUACAGAAAUCCCGGCGGCAGAGGGGCACGCGCAGGAAGAGGCAUUCGCAGGGUGCUUUGUGCUUCUGCAGCCCGGUUCAGGUCUGGAAGGUUUCGAAGAAGGCGAUGAGGUAUCUCAACCUCGCUGCGUGCACUUCUUCCACCGCUCCUGCCUGGAGAACUGGGUACAAGCUCUCAGCAAGGAGCAUGUCACGUCGGCGAAGAGGAAACGGGAACAGGUGUUGUGUCCAAUGCGCUGUGACAGCGCCAAGGUCUCCACCGUGUCCCUACAGGCUUGCAAGCCUGUUUCGGCAGAGCCACCUUGA